UGAGCAAGAGGAAUAAAUCUUCUGAUUAGUUAGAGUUCAGAACGGGACAGUACGUUCACUUCUUUACAGAUUUCAAUGAAACCGUCAUUUAUCAAAGGAUUUGUGGGGAGGUUAAUUAGCUGAAUAACUAGUAGUCACAUAGUCUAUAUAAUCAUCACUAUGUACCUGCAGAGUCCCACACGAUUUUAUAUGCAUUAAAGUUAGUUGUAGUUGUUAAGGUUGAAAUCCAAUUCAUUUUUAUCCCAUUUUUUUCAUGAUCUGUGGUUGAGGCAUAGGAUUUAUGUAAAUGAACCUAAAAACAUAGUUUUUCUUUACUUAAUGCCAUUCGCGUAUUAAUGUUGCAUAGACUGGAUUAAGCAGUGGCAAAGUGAGGACGUUUUGAAGUGAGAGACUUGUGUGAAUGUGGAGCAUCUGCUUUAGAGGCAAGCAGUGAGAGAAUGGUUUGGUUAUAGUUCUUUUACACCCUUGCUUUCAAUGUCAUUUCUCCCUGAGCCGGUGUCUGCUUGGGGCUCGGAGGCUGUCUUUAACAGCAACAGUGUCACUGUGUUGUAGAUGAGAGAGAGAAAUAAACAACCUCUCCACGGAAAUGUGACCUAGUGCGGCUUCAGGUUCAAAAUGUGAACAAACCUAUGUACCGUGGGACGUUCCACUGCUUCCAAUCAAUCAUACGCCAGGAGUCGGUGCUGGGUCUGUACAAAGGUAUUGGCUCUCCAAUGAUGGGUUUGACCUUCAUCAAUGCUAUAGUUUUUGGUGUCCAGGGAAACACAAUGCGCAUGCUUGGCCGUGAUACACCUCUCAACCAGUUCUUGGCUGGAGCCUCUGCUGGAGCUAUCCAGUGUGUCAUUUGCUGUCCAAUGGAGCUGGCCAAGACACGUAUGCAAAUGCAAGGAACUGGAGAGAAGAAGUCUAAGAGGAAAAUGUACAAGAACUCCCUGGACUGUCUGGUGAGAAUCUACAAUAAGGAGGGGAUCAGAGGGAUCAAUCGUGGUAUGGUUACCACCCUGGUGCGCGAGACGCCGGGUUUUGGCGUGUACUUCCUUGCGUAUGAUGUGCUGACACGCUCACUGGGUUGUGAGCCAGAAGACCCCUACAUGAUCCCCAAGCUGCUGUUUGCUGGUGGCAUGUCAGGCAUAGCUUCCUGGCUGUCCACCUAUCCCGUGGAUGUGAUCAAGUCACGCCUGCAAGCGGACGGGGUUGGCGGCGUUUACCAGUAUAAUGGUAUCAUGGACUGUGUCAGGCAGAGCAUACAAAAGGAGGGGUGGAGAGUGUUCACUCGUGGACUGACGUCCACUUUGCUCCGUGCAUUCCCAGUGAAUGCCACCACAUUUGCCACUGUGACUUUGUUCUUAAUGUACAUGCGCGAGGGUGGAGAGUGUAGCAUUCCAGACUCUGAGCCGCCGUCUGUCCAGCUGCAGCCUCUGCAGACGCAGACACAGCCGACCAGCAUGUAAGCUGGGGUGCAACAGUGAGUGUUAUUAAUUUUUAAGCAAACCUAUCUGUAGACAGUUUUUACACAGGUCAAGGAUCUGUUAAUUAUUGUCCACAAUCACAGAGGAGAGCUACAUUUUGGGUAAGCAUCUGUCCAUAAAGCUUAAACCAAGUGGUCUCACAUAGUAUUUAAAUAAUAUAUAUUUUAAGAGAAAAGCUGCACUUGUAAAUAUGUUCUCUUUGCUUUUGUACAUAUUUUGCUUUUUAAAGCAAAUUUAAAUAAACUUGACAGUUACAAGAGUUACUGUAACAUACAGUGACGGUUACAGAUGUCCCGAAAAUGUUGAACACUUUGAUCCUAAUGAUGCCGUUUUCAUCCUAUAAUAUUACACACAGUACAGCGUUUGGUAUAUUUGUGAAUCGGUGCUGUUUAUACUGUUACUUUCUACCAUUAGUAAAAUGAAGAUGAUUUUCAGGGUAAUUUUUAAUUGUCAAAAAUUAUCCUGUUUAGCAUCAUGUGAACACUGUUUUGUAGCAUCUUGUGUAAACUGUUACACGCAAAUUUUCAUGCUCAUUAAUGCUUCAUGUAGCUUGAACUGGAUUAGGCAGAAAUUCUAAAAGGUAAAUAAAAUAAAAAAAAUCACAAUGCAGUUUUUUUAACCUAAAGAUCUCCCCCCUCUGCCCGAAGUCGCUAGACAAACAUUGGCUUGCGCACAUGCCUUGAAAUGUGCACAGAAGACGAGCUGUGAUUUCGGGCUCUAGCUACUACAACUACUGAGCCACUGAUAAUCGCUAACAGAGGGUUAAACUGUCGCUUGUACUGAAUGACCAUUGCUGUAAUGUUCAAUCAAGAAAAAUGGUUACGAAAACUAGGUUUAAAGGCCAGUCGCUUUUCUUUCCAGGAAAGAGGGUGAAAUUUUAGAAGCGAUUGUCUACAUUGCUGCUGGGGAUCAGACUUGUGACUUCUUAACAUCCCCUUACAGCCAGAAGUAGCCACCGCAGUCAUGUGUUGGAAGAGUAUCAGAACAAAAUUCAUCAGUCCUCAGCUGGAAUGUAAACUGGAAAAAAAAAAAGUGUCUUGACUUUUUUCAUUUCAGUCAGGCAUUUCACCAUCAUAAUCUCACUGAAAAGAUGCGAUUGGCUAAAAUCUCUGACGCUAGAUUUUGUUUUGGGGUUUUUUUUGGCAGAAAAUUCAAAUUUUUGGACGAUGGAGUGUUGAACCUUCUGGUGAAAUAAAAAAAAAUGAUACACUUGGCUUUAAAGGGUUAAAGUUGUUUUGUUAUUUUUGGGGGGGGGGGGGGUUAAGCCCUAUGAUGCCAAAAAAUUUCUGCCUACACCAGCUUUACCUCCCUCGUAGCUGAGUUAAUUCUGGCUGCUGUAUAAAGUUUCAAGUUUGCAAUUACCACAAACUUUUUAUACCACUUCUUUGACUGUAAUAUCUGUACAGAGAGAAAGUUUGUAAUGAAAAAUAUUGGAGGCUCUGAUGGUGGUCUGUUGCAGUACGACAUAAGAAUUUCUGAUGGUCAGAAAAAAUAACAGUGUAAUAUUUUCUUUGUUUGAGGCGGUCAUUGUAAAACCAAAUCGGAUGCAAUGUAAUCAUGUUGUGGACAUUGUAGUGUGUCCAAAGAAAGCACCUUACGGUAUGACAUUAAGCAUGUGUAUGGUUAAAAAUACAUUUUGGCAAUCACAAUUCCUCCCAAUGGAUUUUACAAUUCCUAUAAAGGGAAGAUUCUCUUGCAGUUUGCCUAGACCAGUCAAGUACACUAAUUUCUGCCACCUAGAGGCAGAGAAGGUAAUGGCUCCUGUAUUUUUAACCUUUGUAUUUUAACUAAAAAAAAAGUGUUUUUCUGCAUAGUUAACAAUUGACAUUCUUCAGGAUUAAAAUGAGCAUUAUACCCAGCCAGCCUGCAGCAAGUGCAUUCUCACACACACACCUCUAUAUUAGAUAUUCACAGGAAAGGUGUCCUAAAUACAGAAACCAUUACUUUCCCUUUAUGUAAAUGAUCUACAUCUUUACAGCUCACUGACCUCCAGGUGUAGCUUAGCCCGGAGUGCCGGGUCAGAUGUGGAGGUCUUAAAAACUGCUUUGGAUUUGUCCAAAGAGAAUGUACAUAUUGAAUGUGGCAGUUUUCUUUAUCUUUUUGUUUAGUUUUUUUUGCUUUGUGAGAACUCUAGACUUCAGAUUUUACUUUAAUGCAUCCAUGUGUUGUUAUCGCGUUUUUUCCACAAUGUUUUUGCCUGUGGGUUUAUUUUUAUUGGCAAGUAAUUCCUGAUACCUCUGUAAAAGAAAAUGCUGCUGUAAAUAUCUGAUGUUGCUAUUGUGUUUGUACUGUUAACAACUUGUACAAUACCUUUCACCAAAGUAGAACAUGUCAUUUAAAACCCCAAAGGAGAAUAGUGAAAUAAAACACUUUUCUUUU